AUGGUGGGGGUACCACACAGUACAGGCUGUGCUCUCUGUCGUGAAAGACACAUCAAGUGCGACGAGGCGGUUCCCGGCUGCUCCCAAUGUCAGCGAUACGGCCGCGACUGUCCAGGAUACCGGCGCACCUACCGAUUCCAAGAUGAAGGCCCCAGUCUCGCGCGAAGAAAUCGCUCUCUCCCUCGCAGACGAGGUCGCGCCCAGAAUUCAGCCGUGGCCACCCAGACCCCCGCUUUGACAGUUGGAGCUUCAUCUCCACAUUCACGGCAGAUCGAGGCGCUCGGACCCGUCGAGCAGCCCGAUGAAGAAGGCGCCGGGGUUGCGACGGUCGUGCGUGAUAGCGCUAUUGCGCUAAUGCGUCGGCACUCAGCAGCAAUCGCGCUGGAUGAAAAUAUCUCGCCCUCGCUAGUGCGCAAGUCGUUCAAGGCCGCCCAGCCACAGUUGUUCCUGGAUUUUAUCAGUGCAUCGUUCCCCACUUUGUACUUUCAUAAUCGGUUCCGCGCGGGUAGGGAAGGCUUUGCCGAGCAUAUUGUUCUGAAUUUUGGGCAGGAUGCCUAUCUUGAUUCGGCCAUUUGCUGUUUGAGUUCGGUUUAUUUGGCGCAUCUCACGCAGGAUCCUGUUCUUCUUCGGACUAGUCGAAGGAUGUAUGGGGUCUCGCUGGGUGAGAUGGUUCGUGCUCUUUCAAUUGCUGAUCAGGCCAUGUCUGAUAAUAUGCUUUGUGCUUCUAUGAUGCUCAGCGUCUAUGAGAUGUAUGCUCAGACGAGCCCUGAUGCCUGGGUUGUGCAUUCCGAUGCAGUAAGAAGACUUAUGACGAGUCGUGGAGCCGGUCGGCACAAAACAGGAUUUGGAAAAUCCUGCUGGAUUGCCUUUCGAGGCUUUCAUGUUGCUACGGCUGUCUACCAGGGGAAACCUUGUUUUCUCGAUGAGGAUGAAUGGCAAGAUUACGCUCUUGAAAUGAUGGCUGAAGAUUCACAAAAGCUCGGUGAGUGGGCCGCAUAUGCUGUCAUCUCCGACAAAGUCUUCAUGGAAAUCGCCAAGUGUCCUCGAUAUCUUAGCGAAGGAAAGUCCCUUCUGUCCAGCUCCUCCAAAUCAAUACAAGCCGACAGUGAAGAUCUUAUACAGCGCAUCCAAGAUACUUCUCGCCGACUGUACAUUUUCAGUUCCGAGCUAAGAACCUGUAUCAGCGCUCAUAGCCAGCGCCAACAAGGUAUCAUUCGACGCCCAGGUACCUUUGUCGGUCCCGUCCCCGAAAUUUUCCCGGAAACCGGUCCUUCGCUGCUUCUUCGUGGGGCAGAAAAUAUUCAGGGCACUCUCCGUCAGCUGUGCGAUCAUCUAGAAGGCAGGCGACGUUGUCAGAUUAUUGAAGUUUCCUCCCCCGGGUCAGGAACGAGCACUCUGAGCGAUGGAAGUAUAGACACACCUUCACCGCCUCUUAGUUCUGAUACCAUAUCAUUGCCAUUCCGAAUAUAUUCCGAGCUUGGACGUGGUCCAUCCAAAACCUCGGACCGAAAUGACCCUCGUGCAGUGAUCUGGUUAGAUCGUGUUGCUUCAUCGAUGGGGGUGAUAGGGACCAAACUGAUUUCGGAAAAUGUGAGUCCUACGGAAAGCAUCGAAGAAGGCGCACAGGGUGGUUUGAGGGGGUGA